UAUAAUAUUGAUAUUAAGUUGCAACUCAGGAUAUUUAACUUAAUACAGUUAAUUAAAGUUAACUUUUAGUCCACCUAUGGAGAUUAAAUAAUGUCAGUAUCAGGUAUUAAAAAUAAUAUAAAAGAAGAAGGAGAGUUAUCUGAUGAAGAUGAAUCAGAAGACAACAAUAGUGAUGGCAGAAAUAAUUCACAACAUCUAGGUAGUUAUGGUAGCAAUACUGUGGCUAAGAGGGAUUUCACACCCUCCAAGCACCAAUCCUCUAGGUACGAUGGAGCUGACAGCUUCAGUCGUAGUUCUGACAGUGGAAAUAAAUCUCUUUCCAAAAGAAGGGACAAGAGGAGAUCAGAUGGAGAAAUGAUUCAGCGCAGUCACAGAUAUGACAGCAACUUGCGAUAUCGUGACAGGCCAGACUCCAGGCAAAAUGUAACAUCAGAUACAUACACACCAUCAAAGAUAUGGGCAAACAGGAGGUUUAGAGCCUCUUCUGUACGACCUUUGACUCCACCGAGGCAUUCCAAACCUCUGGUAGAAAAGUCAAUGAAUUCCCCAAUUGCUCAGCCUUAUAGGAGUCCUGCUGUUGAAUCCACUGCUGAAGAAGAAGACGAGCUGAAGCUGCUAGAAGCAAGACAGGAGCUUAUUCGUAAUCAGUUGAAGCAUCUAGAAGAGGAGGAGAAGGCAUGUAAGAUUGACGAAGACAUAAAUGAAAAAGGAAGUGACCUUUCACCUUUUGUGACCACUCUGUCAGAAGAGAGAGAGCUAGAGAAUGGUGAUCAGCCAGUUACUAGUACUCAGGCCCCAUCAGUGAUUGAAGUGGAGGAUGACAAAUUUACUAAUAUUGAUGAUGACUUGGAUGAACUACGUAGAUUAGCUCUUGCAACCUCAGAACGCCACAACCGUCUUGUCGCUUCAGAGCCCCAAAAUUUGCAGCAGGGUGCAGCCACUGGGGAGGUAUCUGUUGUGAUUAUCCCAGAUGUUGAACCAGAUCAGCCUAAGCCACCAGAAAUUAUUAUGGUGGAGUUGGAUGAUGAUGAAGAGGAAGUUGAUGAAAAUAGAAAAACUACCACGGGAACGACCAAGAUGAAAGGUAAAAAAGUGAAGGAGCAUCCUGGUUUGGUGAAGUCCACCGUCAUAAGUGUUGAAAGGAAGAACAGAGAGAGUAAGAAGAAAAAAGCAGAAAGUCAUAAAAAGGGAGACAGUAAGUCUCCCAAGGGAAGUAAGAGCUCUUCAGCCAAGAUUCUGUCUAAAGAAUAUGAGCGCCUGCUCACCUUAGCUAAGAAGGACAGGGAUAGAGCAAUGGAGGAGUUCAUAAAACUUCUUGAUAAAAAAGUGCCCAAAGUCACAGGAACUAUGAAAGAUUUUAAGAUUCAGAAAAAGAUCCCAAUUUUGAGUAAUAAAGUAGACAUUGCUAAAAGUCAGAGUGUAAUCAAAAAGCUUGAGCCUAAAAGUAAGAAAGUCCAGGACAAGAAAUCUGGCCAGCUCCAUGAUAACUAUGAUGAGGUAGAAAUGGAUAUUGACAGCGAUGCUGAAAAGAAUGGUGCUUCACUUACAUUGGAGAAGCUGCAGCUGGGAGAAAAUUUUAACCAAGCCAUGCAGCCCAUUGUCCCUUAUACCCCUUACUUUCCAGUUUUCCCAAUGCCUGUUCUCAUCCAGCCUCCACCACCUUCAAUACCACCUCCACCACCACCCCCACCACCUCCUCCCCUACCUCCCAGUAAUGAGAAGGAAAUAUUUUCUUUGGAAAGCAUGGCUGCGAGAAAUGUGGCCGUAGACCAACGAUGGGUUGUCAGAAACCCUCCCCUAAGGAUAGAUCCUUACCCUCAGUUUAUGAACCAGGGUGAGAGCUCAUUACAGCAGAACAUUGAGGACCCUAUAGCAGCUCGUCUUCAUCAAAUCAGAGAGGAACAGGAGCAGAAGAGAUAUGAGAGCAUGUCCAGACAUCCAACAACUUUUGCCAAUAGUAAUUACAACAGCCUGGCAGAGAGUAAGAGUUUUUCUGAUAGGUUUAUUUUUGUUGAAGGUGACGCUGCCCAUCUUCACCUGCCCCCGAGGCCUACUGUAGAUUAUUCUUCGCUAGACGAUUUUGGGGAAUCUCAAGAAAAUAGAAGAGUUUUUAUUAAUCAGAAGAAUAUUUCGCCUCAUAGGGAUGUGGCUUACAUCCAGAUGGAUAAAGAGUUUGAUUAUUUACAAAGGAUGUCUUCAUCUCCUGCCUCACAAGUUCCGAGAAAAUAUAAUUCAAAAUUCGGCGACCUAAGGGACCAAUCACCAUUAAACAGAACUUUACCACUCUCUCCAUCAGUUAGAAAUCGGGAUAAUUUUUCUAGUCACACUGAAAGUAACCAUUCUGAUUCAGAAUACCCUCUGCCCUAUUCCCCUGUAAGUUCUUACAGACUCGGAGAUGAAGAUUCAAGGAGGUACAGGUCACCAAGUCCAUUUAGAAAAUCUACUUUUAAAGAUACUAGGUAUUUGUCAGAUGAUGAAUCAACUGGUUACAGAGGUCUUCAUGAGUCCAAGAGUCACACAAGAGCAGCAGUACCUUACAGUCCGUAUCAAAGCAGGAGCUCAAGAGAUAUCUCAAAUAAAUUGUCUUACAGUCCAAAACAGAGCCUAGAUAGCUGGGCUAGAAAAUACGACCAGUCUCCUUCUCCACCUGGACAAUUUAGAAGAAAGAGCUUAAGUCCAUCCUAUGAAGAACACUUUCCCUAUGAACCUUCAAGUAAAAGGGCCAAGUAUUCUUCCCCUCCACCAUACAUCCCAACAUCUAUCACCCCAUCUGUCAAACAAAAUCAGGGCCAUGAAAGCCGCCACACUUCUGACUCUGAUGAAGAUGAUAAUCUGCUGAGGGAGAAGCUUCUUGCUACUGUAAUAGACAGGAGGAAAAGUAAAUUAAAGGAUGUAUCACACCAUAACAUGUCUCCGAGGCUUGUACCUACAGAACCCUACACAAGUUCAGUAAAGACUAGCCCAAAAGUCAACCAACCUUUAUCACUGAUGUCCUUAAGCAAAGGAAGAUUACCAGAGGUGGAUCACCUCAAGCUUCAUGAGUUGGAGGUUAAACAGAUGCUAACACCUGAAGGAUUUCCUGAUACUAAAAAUGUGGUGUCUGAUAAGCUUGAUACUAGUCCAGCUGCUCAACUGAAUAGUUUUGGAUUUGAUUUCCUUGUCACGGCCAAGGAGGAGUCUAAAGAAGAGAGUAUUCAGGCUAGGAUAACUCCCAGAAGUAAGUUGCAGGAGACUUCACAUCGUUCCUUGUCCAAUCUAAGCCAUGUCCUGAUAAAGCCUGAAGCCCUGCAGGCACUUCAUGUUAUAACCAAAGCUCAAAAAUCUGUUUCAGUUUUAUCUCCGAACAUAGCUAAGAGAUUAGGCCCUCAGCUAAAGACAGAAGCAAUACCUGAUGAAGUAGUUAGUGCAAGUUUUAAUUCAACAUCAGACUCAGAGCCUCUAAGGGAGGUAAUAUCAAGCACAGUUGAGCUAAAUGAAAGGCCAGUUACAGAAAAAUCACACAUGGUACAAAGGACUGCAUCAUCUGUGUCGUUAAGGCUGGGUCCGCCCAAGGAAAUCCAUAAAACUGAUACUGAAUCAGUUUUACCUGCAUCAGAUAGAGAUUACCCAAGCCACACUAAGCUACAGAGUAGCAGCUCACAACCUGUCAUCUCUAGUCAAACAGCCAGUAGCUCUGUCAAACACCCCACCCCCUCUUCUGAUAACAAUCAAAAAGUUUCCCAGGCAAGUCCUGAAAGCAGUAUAAAAAGUUCUACUGCUGUUUCUCAAAGUCUUUCAACUGCUACAGUCAGCAAGCUAGCCCAUUCCCCUGUGAGCAGUUCUGUAGCAUCCAGUUCCACCGGUCCAGCCCACCAGAGUGAACAAGCUAAAAGUAUAUCAACCCAGCUGGAUUUUAGUAACAGCUCCACAUACAACCCACCUCUCACAACAUCAGCCUCAACACUUGGCAAAAGGCAAUAUAAAAUGAGCCAAUCUUUACCUGUACAUCCUCAAGUGCUUGUACCCCUAGGCUCAUCAGGAAGUGAAGAUGAAGAGCAAGCAGAUAUCUUAGAACAAGAAAAAAUCAUUUUCUUAAAGGCUCAGGAACACCUAAAGAAGGCCACAGGUAAUCAAAGUAAAGAAAUUGAAUUUCUUCAAAAACUGGAGAUGUACCUUAGUUUGUACAAGCAAAAUAUAUCAAAUGACCAGGCGAAAGUAAACCAAUUGGUCAAAAAGGCGAUGAAAUCAGUGAAAGCCAAAAAACAGGCAGAGCUGAAGCGGGACAAACUGAAAGCACAAAUAGCAUCGCUAACUGAACAGAUGAAGGUGGCUGACAGGAUAGCACAGUCACACAAAAUGCAGAAGGAAAACACAGAGAAAGAAGCUCAGUCACUGCUUGAUAAGUUGGUUAAGAAAAAAGUGAUUUUAGCUGAUAAAGAAAAAAGUGUUAUUGCCUUUGGAAGGAAGCUCUUUGGACCAGCAUACCUACCUAGGUCUGUUAAACCAACUGUAAGGAAUGUACCUCAGGAUCCAGUAGCAACCAAAACCUUGACAAGAGCACAGUAUAUUGCUUUGGAGAAACAAAAACUCAUAGAAAAAGAAAAAGAAAUAGCUGAAAGGCUGAAAAAAUUAAAGGAGACAAAGAGGACAGAAAAAAGAAGUGAACCCCUGGCUAGAAACUUGACUGUGAUAAAACACAAUGAACUCAAAAUUAAACAGAAGUCUCAGGACGUCAUACGCAUUGACCAGAAUGUUAAUCCAGACCUGGUCUUACAGAGGAGACGGAAGUCACUUCUCGACAUUAACCCUUGCACAACCCCAAAUAUCCCUAUGACAAGGCACAGCAGGUUGAAGAGUUCCUCUUACUUAGGGAAAGAAAAUAAAAUGGACGAAGGUGUAAAAGACGUAGAAAAUAUAAAAUCAGGGUCUGCUACUGAAAACCUGGUUGACAGCUGGGGCCACAAAUUUGCCUUCAAGAUGCCCAGUGGUAUGCAGUUAAAAUAUUUAAGUAAAUUACAAGAUGAGAAAGUAGAAAAACAUCUCAGGAGUCCAGAUGCCAUGUCCUGUAUACAGAACCUACAUCACUACACAAGUCUUUCUAGUCCACAGCAAAAGUUACCAUCACAGUUAACCAUUCAAGAAGUAAAAGAUAAGAAAGUACCAAAGCAGUCUGCAAAAUUGGCUUAUACCAGUGCCUUACUCAUGUUUAGAUCCUACAGAUUAAGCUCAUUUUUUCGCACAAAAGAAAACCUUGGGUUUCAAAGUACAACAUACUCUCAUAAGAUCAACCCACAUUGUGUCUUUUGUCCUUAUGACUUACAAGGGACUUGCCAUGAUGAUUCAUGUCAACAGCAACACCCAAAAGAUUAUAAACUCAGUGAUACAGAACUUCUAGAGGACAUUGUUUCUUACUGUCCUAAACUAGCAGGGGCAGGAGACAACGCUUCAUCUGAAGACAUUAAAAGUUGUGUCUGCUCCUAUGUAGAGAAUGUAAUGACCAAACACAAAGGGAAGAUGACAGUUGAUGAGCUAUGUCUCUGGUUAUCUGCAGAAACAAGCUCAGCUUUAGGAAAACGUCAUCCCUACAUGAUAAGUUUAGAACCAAGAAAAUGGAAACCACUUUCUAAAGAAGAAACUGGGCUCAGCUUGUAUUUGGACCACAAGUUAAACAAGAAAGAGAUUGAGGGAAUAAAUACAGAGAAAAGACAAGCUGCAGAUAAAGACGCCAUUAUCAAUGAAGAAGAUGUGAGGUACUUUGCUGCUGGUUCUACAGAGUUGCUGUCUCUGGAGGCGGGGAUUAUGGAGGAUCAGACAAAUACUCAACUCUGGCAGAGGCUGGCCAGCAGGAAGCUCAAUGAUCCAAACAAGUCUCCAAAAGAAUGCUUAGACCAAGCUUUAAAUGUACUGGCCCGUGGCCUGGAAGUCAACAAAAGUGACCCUGGGCUCUGGCACCGCUAUCUAAUGUUGUACAGGAGACACCCAGAUGUGAAAGACUUUUUGCAGUACUGUCAGACAGCUUUAGAAUAUGCACCUUCAUAUGAUUUGUGGUUCCUGUAUCUCUCAACUCUUAAAACAUUUACUGAAAAGGAUGAGGUGUGCACUCAAAUCCUGGAAAACCUGGCCAAGGCCAAGCCUGGCAACAUCGCAGAUUCUGCAUUAGUUCAACCAUCAUCAGGAGACUUGACAGAUCCUUCUAGCACCUCAAACACACCACCCCUGUUACAAAAUAAUACAACAGAUGUAAAUACAGAUGUAAAUACAAAUAUAAAUACAGUAAUCAAUAACUCACAUCCCAGUACCAUGGCUGGAGACUCCAGUGAUGUUAACAUGUCUGAUGAUACACAACCCACUCAUGUAGAUUUAAAAAGUGGGAAGGGACAAGAGCGUGGAUUAAUUAACUCUGGAUACUGUGAUACUCAGAUGGAUGGUUGUGAUAGCAAUGCUAACAUUGGCAGGCAUACAGAAGGUAGAGCCAGUAUAAAAGUUCGGGGUCAGUCAACAUACAAGGUCACAGUGCAGAGGUCAUCACAUCAGGUGCUGGAAAUGGUCCUGAUCAAGGCUGGCCUCAACUUGCAUGCUGGGAAAAUUAAAACCGCUCUACAUUUCUUACAGGCUGUUUUAGGCUUAAAGAAGACACAAGUUAGUGACUUGAAGCUGGCAGAACUGCUGACUCCAGCAGAUCUACUCACCCUGUGGAUGGUCUACAUUCAUGUCCUAGAGUGGCAUCAACUGCCUGCAGCUCUCUAUGGCAUUGCUGAUCAGAAUCCAGGAAAGCUUCUAGCCAAGGACAAGAUAGUUCUGCCAUGGUCAUCCCAAACCCCUCUACAGACCAGUUUAGACCACCUAGUUAGUUUGCAUGCAACAGCUGCCAAAGUGUGGACAGGUAGUGAGAGAGAUCCAGAGACAACCGCUUUGUAUAUACAGAUCAUCAAGUCACUUGUUGCUUUGUAUUUAUCUCAGGGGAAAGCUGCAGAAGCUGUGAUAUGCUGUAGAGAUGCUUUAGCUACUAAAGAACUUGUUGAUAUGUGGCUGACUGCUGCUGAGUUGUAUGCAUCUUUUCAUGAUGUACAGGGAGUUAAACAGGUGUUUAAGGAAGCUUUAUCCAGCAACCCAUAUAACUCCAAAUUAAAAUAUUAUGAAAACUUGUUUCUACUACAACAGGGAGAAAAUGAACUGGCACUGCUGAACUUAGAACAAUUUGUGAUAUCUCAUUUUGACGCCAAGUCUAAUAGUUUGCACCUCUGUGAUCCUAACAUUUUAUUCUGCCAACUGCUCAAGCAAGAUGAAGGAUUCAAUCUUCAAAUGGCAAUAAUCAAAGAAGGAAUUCCAAGUGAUUUACAUAAGGACAUUUAUUUGUGGCUUUGUUAUAGCUUGUUAAUGGAACUGGAGGGAGAAACAACAGAAACAGUUGAGAUCUAUGAGAGGUCGUUAACCCAUGCCCAGUCAGCUGAUGACCUAGUUGUUGUGUGGCGGAGUUACAUUGGUUAUAUGGUGAGGUCAGGCAGCUGUAAGGAUAUACGUGACGUAGUCUGCCGGUCUAUAAUCUCCAUGCCCAUCAAGCGCCAGAUCCCGUUCACCACGUCCUCAGCAUCCACCUGGUUUGACUACGAGCCCAGCAGUCAGCUGGUGGAGGUGUGGCUAGAGGUGUUGCCCCCACAGGACAGGCUAGACCUGAUGGAGAUGUGUCUUGGCUUUUUUCCUGGAAAUCUUCAGCUUUUGCUUAGGGCCAUCAACCUCUGUCUGGAAGUAAACGAGACCAGAAGAGCCUACAGCUGGUGUAAAAUGUUAGCAGCACAGGAAGACAGGCCUGCCAACCUAACCUUCUGGAAGAUGGCCAUUGCUUUGGCACAGAUAGAGGGAACACAAAGAGAGGUGGAGCAGAUGUUUAUAUGCUGUGUAGAGACCAUGCCGCUAGCUGUAUCAGGAUGGAAAGACUUUCUGUUGUUUGAGGUGUCUCGGGAAAAUAUGGGUGCUGUUGAAAAAUUGCUUUCACAUUUGCAACAGUUAGGACUCAAUAUAGAUGGCUUUGUUGCCACUAUAUCUGCCCCUUAAAAAAAAUAGUGGAAAUUUUAACCAGUACAUUAUUUCAUUUUAAUUUCAUUAGUUCAGACAUCUUGUCAAGUUGUUUGAACUAUUAAAUCUAAAUUUGAUUUAAAAUUUAAAAAAAAAUGUUGCAUUCAAGAGAUCUGACAUAAAAAACACAAUCCACUGUUCAAAAUGUGAAUUGACUUCAAGUUUCAACCAGAGCAGAUCGAGUCCAAUAUUUCCAGGCUUAUAAACAGGUGCCCAGCUUGGGCAGUGAAAGUUUACUCAGGCCAAGCUUGAAGUCUCUGUAAACACAGUAAGUACUUAUUCAUGGGUUCAUGGCUGCUAUGUUGUCUUUAUAACUUACCCACAGAAGCAAGUCCUUGAAGCUUACAUUACUGUAUGCUUCUUGCUUGAGGUCAAAACAUCAUUUUUUUUCUAUUCCAAAGAUGAUAUUUGAAAUCAUUUGUGGUCUGUUUUUGUUUGUGGUUGUUAUUAAAUAUGUUGAUAUUUGGUAUAACAUCAAGAUAAUUCGGGUAGGCUUUUGGUGAAAAUGUGAGUGAAACGCUGUUGUGACUCUACUCAUGUUCAUGUUUAAUGAAAUGCCAUCACCUGAAAUUUUUUUUUUUCACAAUUGUGUUGACAGAAUAUAUGAUGAGUGGUAAUAUUCAUUAUAUAUUCUGAAAUUAUUUUAUGUUACGAAAUCGAUUUUUUAAAAAACAUUUUGAGUGAAUUGGUCAAUAGUUGAAAGCUAGCAACAGGGAUGGCUUUUUAUUGUCUCAUCUUGCUGAAGCACCUAGCACUGACUAUUUUCUAAGAUGUUGAACUCAUAAAAUGUUGUCACCUAUCUGACUCUGCACUUGCCGCUCAUUCUAUUUUAAGUGUCAAAUGUCUGAAUGUUACUGCGCUAGCUGUAACAUGUGAGGUGAUGUUGACAGUGACAAAACAUUUUGACACUUUUAGUGACCACUUAAGCCUAUUUGUCUUUCAAGUCUUUCUUAUUGGGGAUUGCCUUAUUUUUACUUGUUUAUUAAAAAAAAUAUCCAUGGCUUGUAUUAAUGUUUUGCAUGUGAGCGUUAAAAAUGUGUAUAUAUUAGCAAUGAAAUUUAUCACAUUGUGUUUUAUAACAAAGAGCCGCAGCAAUUUUUCGCAUAUCAGUUAAACUUGUUCACUGCUAAUUGUUUGCAAAUUCAUUGGAUACCGUUUGAUAAUUCUUUUAUUUUAGUUACAUUUUGUAUGGGAUAGCUGUAUAUUUGCUUUAUAGAUAUUAUUAAUAAACUAGGUUUGAUCAUUUUUGUCGAUAUUAUUUUCAUGAUUAAAGUUCAAAACCAGGUUUUAAAAAAAAUUCCAACAGCAUUAGGAUUUGUAAAUUUUUCAUCUGAUCUUCGGCUGUGUUCAGUUCAUUACCUCACAAACUGAAGAUGAUAAACUUUUUAAGAAUUAAAUUUUUUUUUUGUUGAAAAGUGACUCCUGCUGUACACUCAGACCUCAAAGAUUUAAAAUUAAGACAAUAUUUUAAAAAUAAACGUUUUUAGGCAGUAUAGCAUUCAAGUUUCAAAUUUAAGAGCGUUGAAAAUUAAAGUACACUCUUCAUAUUUUAAAAAAACCUAUUUUUAAAAAUUGUAUUAGUUUACAAGUUUUUUUUACAAUUUUAAACUAAAGUUAUUUUUAUAAUAAAUAUGGAAAUUAAGAAAAAUUUUACCUAAGUCUUUUUUUAAUGAAAAAAAUAGUCAGUUCUAUUUUCUAGUUGGUUAAAGUUUUUAACUGUUUUUAGAUAUAUUUUUGUUAGGUUACAAUAUUUACUUAUGUGAAAGUUAAAUUAUUUUUGCCGUAGUUUCUUAAGCUUUCAGUUUCAGUUAAGUUUUUCAGGAAAUAACUUUCAGCUGAACAAUCUACAAUAAAACUUUUGUUAUAUUGUUACUUUUAUUCAUUUCUCCGUUUUAGUUUUGUUUUCUCAAAACCCAAAAAGUGGGUUUUUGUUUUUGUGUUCCCUGAUUAAAAAUUAUUUUGAGUAUAACUGGCAAGCUAAACUGGGUAUCCAAGGCUUUAGCAAACUUCACAUAUUUAAACUUAUAACUUCAGUUAGCUCAUCAUAAAUGCUGAAAGCUAUAUUGUGAAUAUAUGCAGUGUUCUUCUUCUAGCAAGAUUAUUAUGUAAUUAAAUAAAUUAAAAAUUUUAUUUAAAAAAAAACUGUAAAAUUAGGAUAAUAUCAAGAAACAAAAUAAGGUUUUUAAACACCCAUAAACUGUUAAAAAUAUUUCAAACUUCUAAAUAAAAUUUCUUUUUUUUAAACUAGCAUAAAAUUAAAAAGAAGAAACGGUUAUGUAAAUUUAAAUAACAGUUAAAUUAAGAGCAGAGCCAGAUUUAUUUUUUAUACUGUUGUGUUCAUUUUAUUUAUCUAUGUAAAAAUCACUUUAAGUAAAUUAAAAAGUUUAAAGACAAUAAUUCAAUAAGUAAACUUAAAAUACAUUUUUGUUAAAAAACUAUUUGCUUAUCCUCACUUAAGUUUGUUUAAAACUUGUGCUUUGCUAUGUGUUUUGUAUAGCAAGCAUAUUAUUCUUGUGUAUUUUGUUGUAUGUAAAUAAGGGGGAAAGCAAUAAAAAGCUUUUCACUAAA